UUGUAAAAAAUAGAAAAAAAGGAAAAAUUCAUUUCUUUAAUAUUUAAAAAUUGUAUCAAAAAGUUUUUUCUAUACAAAAUUUUUUUUAAAAAUCAAUCAGCCAAAAAACCUAUACAUUCUUUAUAGAGAAAAAAUUAAUACAUAAAGAAACAGAUUUUCUCCCUGAUUUCAAAAACGUGUGUAUUUGUUGUUCAUUAAUGUAUAUGUAUAUACACCUCAAGAAAAAGUGCGUGUUUUUGAAACGUUUAUCAUUGGAAAACAAGAGAAACAACAACAACAAACAUAUAAAUAAAUAGAUUUUUAACAAAAUAUUUUGCAUAGUUUUUUUUCCUUGUUCCAAACACACAAUAACAACAACAAACUGAAACUAAUAUAAAUAAAUAAAAUAAUAUAAAAAUCUAUAUAUAUUUUACUCACCAUGACUACCCGUGGCAUUCGACGUAAAAAAUCCACUUUAACCGAAUUAAAAAUUGCGGUAGUUGGGGCUCCUAGUGUUGGCAAAAGCGCCCUUAUAGUACGUUUUUUAACCAAACGUUAUAUUGGUGAAUAUGAUCAUCAAACAGAAAAUCGAUAUAAACAUGAAGCCUUGGUCGAUGGGGAGCCAGUAUUAUUUGAAAUACUAGACACAUGUCCCAAGGCAGACGAUGAAUUUCCCAAUGCCAGCGAAUUAAUACAAUGGGCCGAUGGCCUACUAUUAGUUUAUUCCAUAACAGACCGUGGUAGUUUUAAUUAUAUACGUCGCGCC